GGGGAGACGCCGCCGGCGUGCCAUGAGACGAUGAUGAGGGAGGAGAGCAACAAGAAGAGCAAGGUCUCCUGGUCCAAGUCGCUCGUCAGGAAGUGGUUCAACAUCAAGAACAAGGCGCAGGAUUUCCACGCCGACUACCACGCCACCACCCAAACCCAAACCCAAGAACGGCCGUUGAAGCGGAAUGUCGAUCGGAUUCGUAGAGGAAGGAAUGAGUUCGAUGUGUCACGCCUGACAGAAACUCAAGAUUACAGAAUCUUUGCCUCGACGUGGAAUGUUGGUGGUAAAUCCCCAUCAAGGGGGUUAGAUCUAGAUGACUGGCUCCAUUCUUCACCACCUGCUGAUAUUUAUGUGCUGGGAUUUCAGGAAAUUGUUCCCUUGAAUGCCGGGAAUGUUCUUGGCACCGAAGACAAUGUUCCGGCGAAAAAGUGGGUAUCACUUAUCAGGAGAACACUGAACAAGAAUCCUGGGCCUAGCAGCCAUGGCGGGUAUCGCACGCCGUCCCCUGUCCCUGAUCCAGUCGUGGAAUUGGAUGCUGAUUUUGAGGGGUCAUCGAGAAGACAGGAUAGCUCUUCAUUCUUCCACCGCCGGUCAUUCCAGAACCUUAGUCGGAGUUUAAGAGUUGAAGGCAAUGAUAUCUUUUCGCAACCAAGAUUGGACCGCAGGUUUAGUGUCUGUAACCCGCCUAGCUUUGGAGGCAGGCCAAGUGAUUUUACUGGAAAUUGUCAGUGUGUCGGAUCACCUGAUGAUGAUUAUAUUGAUGAGGAUGCAACUAAUGGAGCAUAUUUUUCACCAUUCCCAUAUGGCUAUGGUGGUUCGACACCUAUGGAAGAAAACAACGAGCAGCCAAAUACGUCUAGGUACUGUUUGGUUGCCAGCAAACAGAUGGUUGGUGUUUUUCUCACAGUUUGGGUACGAAGUGAAAUAAGAGCUGAUGUUAGAAACCUGAAAGUUUCUUGCGUCGGUAGAGGACUAAUGGGUUAUCUUGGAAAUAAGGGUUCUAUAUCAAUAAGCAUGUCUUUGCACCAUACAACCUUCUGUUUUGUAUGUUGCCAUUUGACCUCUGGGGAAAAGGAGGGAGAUGAAUUGCGCAGAAAUUCUGAUGUUAUGGAGAUCUUGAAGAAGACAAGAUUUCCUCAGGUUCGCGGAUGUGGUGAUCUCAAAUCACCAGAAACAAUUCUUGAGCAUGAGCGUAUCAUAUGGCUUGGUGAUUUGAAUUACCGGAUUUCUCUUCCAUACUCAUCGGCAAAAGCUCUGGUUGAAAUGCAUAACUGGAAGCAACUGUUGGAGAGAGAUCAGCUUCGUAUAGAGCGAAGACGAGGACAUGUUUUCCAGGGAUGGAAAGAAGGAAGGAUUUAUUUUCCUCCAACAUAUAAAUACUCUUUCAACUCAGAUCUGUAUUCUGGUUAUGGUGUGCGUCCCAAAGAAAAGAGGAGAACACCAGCUUGGUGUGAUCGUAUUUUGUGGCAUGGUAACGGCCUCAGUCAGUUGUCAUAUGUCCGUGGAGAAUCUCGCUUCUCCGACCACCGACCAGUGUACAGUAUUUUCAUGGCGGAGGUCGAAAUUCUCCGCCAGAGGAAAAGAAACCUGGGCUAUUUCAGCUCUAAAAUUCAGGUGGAAGAGCUUUUGCCAUAUUCUCACAGCUCUGGAGGCACGAAAUUGUACUAAUUCGGCUCUCACCAUGCCGUAAGCUGACUGAUUCUUGGUGAUCAAUAACAUUUGCUCCAAGAUUGAUAGAUGAUCAGAUGCGAAUGUGACAAUAUUUUUUCCAUCUGUCUUAUUUUUUUGUGUGUGUUCGCUUUUGAGGCAGACACUUUGCAUUUCAGCAACUAUUGCCAAGAUCUAAAGCCUUGAACAGAUGCUUAGGGAACACAUUGUGCACUAACAGGAUAUUCAGGCAAUUUUGCGACUAACAAUUUGCCUGGGGUGGUGGGAAGAAUCAGCCAGCCAACAUGAACUAACUAUACAAGCCUUUCCAGUUCAUUCCCUCUUUGAUUAGAUGCAAUCUUAGCAAGCUCCAUCCACCACCUUUUUCUUGUCCCUUUUUCGUCCUUUGGAAACUCUGUAAAUCAGUUAGGCUGGCCAUUGUAUGUUAUCAUCACCAUGAGUUGUAGAAUCAUUGCAGAACGGCGGAUGGAAUGAUACAUGGAAUUGAAAAAACUAUAAAUAUUUGUUCUAGAUGAUCAUUGAUUCCUUGUGAGGGGCGAAUGAUACGUUGGGUGAUGUGACUUGAGAGGCUUGCAAAAAGCUGUAAUCAUGCGCGGAAACGCCUUUCUGGUGAUGCAGUAGCUCAGAAGCUAAAUGAUGCUUCCAUUUGCUGCACUCAUUGCUUUGCUGUGUUACAGAGAAAAGGAAAAGAAAAGCUCAUUGUGUUAUUUC